CUGGUUUUGGUUCUUCAUGCCUGCAUGAGUCUGCAGGACAGCCAUCAGCUUAUACACAUAUACUUUUUCCAUUGCGGAUAUUCGUAAGGGAGGCGUUAGGCAACGUAGAUAUGUUUGAAAUGGUGAUCCGAUGAAUACUGUAUUAUAUCCGCUCUGUUCCAUCGCAGGGCAGCAGAAUAAUUUCCUUGAAAUAGCAGGUUCUGUUUCUGUUCCGAAAAAAUGGUUUCCAACAGCGGAGGUGAUGGUAAAUAAUGGUUAAUACUAGGAUUGGACAUUUAUUUUGGCAUGGUGGCAUGACGAAAGUAUUCGGUCCGAAUGAAUGAAGGCGAGACCCCGCGCAGUGCAUGUGUGACUGGCCUUGCUCUGCACCGUUCUGAAAAAAGCCGGCCACGGCGCAUGCGCUCACAUGACUCCCAGCCAUCCGAUGUAACGGACGGAUUUACAUCUGCGCCUGCUGCACUUAUGCGAGGGCGAGAGAGAGUGAGGGAGAGAGAGAAGCAAGGGAGGGAGAGAAUUAAGCCCACGAAAGCCGCAUCAGAAUACGAUGUGAUGGAGACGGCCCCGGCGCACAGACGCACGUUGCGUCCGAGGAAGAAGCUGCGUAUUGCUGGAGGAAGCCGUACGACUCCGGAGCGCUUUGAGGGCCGAAGUGGGAGAUCCGGCUUUCUGAGCACUGGGAACUAGAAGAAAGUACCUGGCUGUAGAAGGCGAAAAAUACACUGCAAUAGCAGCCGAGGCAAUGUGUCAUAAACAUUUUUAAGGAUCGGCGCGCAUUAGUUGCUCUUCGCAGUGAUUUUAUGCAUUUCUAUUUUUACACGUAUGGCAUAGGAUUGAGUUCAUGAAAUUGUUUCGUUAUUGACCCGGGUCGAUGCUUUUAUUGGGAUCCGACUGGAAAUGCAACACCGUACUAGGAGUACCGGUAAAUAUGCGCUAUUGACGGUGGUGAGUUUGGUGCUUUUCUAAAUCAUCGUACAUUUUUAUUUGAAAAUAGGACAUGCAUUCGAUUAGCAUAUUGCACAGCUGUUGACUUCAUGAAAUAUUGAUACCGGGAUAUGAACAGUGGUUAUAAACUGACUAAUGACAAGUCACCGAGCUGCUGGAAAAUACUAUAGAAAGAUAAAUCGGACGGUCUGUGCAUUUUCCGGCUGUUCCUCAAAACUCGUUAAACAAGUGCUCAUGUCUGAGAGCUAAAGGCCAAAAUAAAUCGCAUUAAUUGCAUGGAGUAUUUCUGAUGGUGAAUCGGUUAGGAUCGCCUGGAGUGACCGCCGAUGCGCAUCCGACGCCUUCAGUCCUGUCAUCUACCGGCUUCGAGUCGCCUGCUUUGCUGUGAGCAGCUGAUCCCGGCGUAUCUUGUGCACAUACUCACGUCGGUGUCAUGAAAAACGACGUAUCGGGCUCAAAUGAAGCCGCACCUUUACAGACUGUGAUGAUCUGCCGCCGGCGGACAGGGCACGGCGCAGGCAUGACACCCGUUUGACAUUUUAUGCCUCCGUUCGCGACCCAGUAUUUUUUUAUGCGGUGGGACAGUGUCUAUUUUUACUCCCCACUGCCUCUGAAGUUGCUCCAGAGCCGAACCGGAGUGUGUUAAAUUUAAGUGCUAUAUAUUACCGAACCCGUCCGCCGUGUCUCCAUUGUGCGUUUUUUUUUUAUGGAUUUCCCCCCCCCCUACCCCGGUAUCUCUUACUUUCCGGCACAUUCGCCCCCCAGCACACUUCCUCCCGGUAAAGCUCAAGUUACCGACGGCGGGGGAAAGAAACGCGGUAUGUGAACUAAUCCACUGCGGCAGCUGCGAGGGACGGCCAAAAAGCGACAAAGAUGCAUGCGAAGUACCGGCUAUUUCACCCAUGUUUGGCAGGCUAAUAACUACAAUAUUCCAUAUGGAAAAUGCAUAAAUCCAUACUGGUUAGAAGCAGUGAACUUUAACGAAGUUGGGCUUUUCCUUUUUUCUAAUGAUCAUUUUAUUGAAGAAAAAAAAAAAUCAUCAGGAGACCUAUACCAUUUUAGUCCUUUGUCAGUUUUACAGGCCUGUAUGUAAAUCUUUGUCCCAAAUUUCCGUGCCUGUUCUUGUCCUGCUUUUGGAGCCGAAUGUUUCCGGUCAGUUGGGAGCAUCUUAUCAGAUCGCCACCAGACUAAGGGCAUAUUCAAGCUGAUCUGCAAGUCUGGUGGCCUGGGACCCCUGGCUCUCUGCAGAUGCUACUUAGUCUGGCCGAGGUUGGCGAGGCGUGACUCCUUACCGACAUCCAGAGGAUCACCCGACUUCUCUGAAGAAGGGAAAGUGCGGGAAAGUGCAGGAUUGUGGCUACAAGCCGGGCAUCUUGCUGAGAGCGCUGUCUGCUCUUAAGUUCGCGUCUGUGUGCAGCCUGUGUCAACUGUUCUCCAUGCUGCUUUUCCAGAAAAAGAAACAAAACAAACCAUAUGCAGCAAGAAUAUUCGCAAGCAUUGCAGGACUGAAUUUGUACAGGAUUAUCCAGCAUGUGUAUUUAAUGUCCCUUGUGCUCUGUUACGCAUUUUUUGUGGACAUUAAAACAUCAUCCUCAGAAAAAAAAAAAAAUCCUCAACUGGCCCAGUGUUUUGGGAUUUUAUUCGUGACAAUUCAUCAAGUCGGAAUGUUCCCAAAAAACUGUCCUCGUCAUCAUCAUUAUCCUCAUCCUCUCAGUGUGAUGUCUGCCAGUGGAGCCCCGUAGUCUGUCUGGCUGAACUCGCCCCACCCAGAGUAGCACCCCCUCUGCAGUGUAGCUUUCCAGUGGACUUUAAUGGUGUGGAUUGAGGAUGAUGAUUCUUAUACCCUUUCCAGGUGCAGACUCGAUACUGUUGUUGGUUUCACUGCAGGCGCCUGCUUAGUCAAGAAGAUGCUUUGACCUGACCUUUUCAUAGAAGAAAUAGGUGACAGUUCCUCUGGGUGACAGGAGGAACAAAGGACUGACAUAAAUGACUUCAGCCAUGCCCUUAUUUGGAGUUCACUCACUCAGCAGACCUGCUUUCUUGAUGAAAAUGCGAAAGGAGCAUUUUUUAAUGUCCUGGAAUCGCCCUCUCCCCUGAUGUUUAAUUAUAGUCUAUAGCUAUUUUAAAGGAAGCCUUGGUUUUAGGAGGGUCAGCGUCUCCUUACAGUCUUUUGUAUAACAGCCCUUUGAAAAUUUUAAAAUUUCACUUCUAAUCUUUUAGCUACCUUUGUUCGCUAAUGGAUUUUUGAGAUCAUUGUAAACACAAUUACCCUUGUAACAUAAAGCGCUCCUCCGUGGAAAUGCAGCUUUUUGUCUGAAUCAAGUCCCUUUUAGCAUGACCGAAAGUGCUUGAAAGGCGCUGCCCUAUGGGAUCAUUUAACCUUUGACAUUUUUAGCCGCCCACACACGGACAAACUGCGUCAAGUAUAGUUUGCACUGGAGAAUCCUGGAAGUAGGCUUUACCCACAAGUGACAUCCACUGACAAGGGGGGCUAUGGGUAGCUCAGCCUCUUCUCUUACUGCAGAAACGGAGUCGGAUCAUGGGUUCCGCAGCACGCCAUACUCAUCAUCGCCCCCUAUGGGCUGGUUAAGGAACAGCCACAGCAGCCCAGUUUGGGGAACCACCUUCAUCUCCCGGCAGCAGCAGGCUCCGAUCCCGCACCGUGAGCGCAGUCACUCCCAUUCCCCGGGUUCCAUGGCAACAGUGGUGCGGGGCAGCGAGUGGUCGUGCGGCCGCUGCACCUUCCUGAACACGGGUGGUGCCCCCCGCUGCUCCAUCUGUGAGGCGCCACGCCAGAAGCCCGACCUGAAUCAGAUCCUGCGGCUGAGCAGCACGGAAGAGCCGCAGCGCUGGGCCUGUCCACGCUGCACCCUCAGCAACCCGCAUGGGUCCGGGGCCUGCUCCCUCUGUGGCUUCGGACCCUCGCCGGGCACGCCUGCUGCCAAUGGGCCCCUUCCGGCCCCGGCUGAACCCCCUGCACCCACCCCCGCCCCCCCGGGCCCACCUCUGGCCACCGUGCUGGAUACCCGUGUGCAGCAGCCGGCCGCAGAGGAGGCACGUGGGCCAGAGGGCGACGGCGAGGAGCGGCACACAGAGCGGAGGACGGGCUGGGCCUGCCCGCGCUGCACGCUACACAACACUCCUGUGGCACUUUCCUGCUCCGCCUGUGGGGGGCCCCGCAAGCUCUCACUGCCCAAAAUCCCCCCCGAGGCUCUGGUGGUGCCAGAGGUGCGCACACCGGUGGCCGGCUUCCCAGGUCACCCCAGUGGAGCAGCACCGCUCUUGGCCGAGGGGAUGGACGAUGUGCCCCCUGCCCCCUCGGAGGAGCCUCCUCGCCCCCCGUCCUUACCCCCUCCAUCCAGCUUCACCCCUCUCUCCUCUCUCCAGAACAACCCAAACGCGGUGAACUUCGUGGACGACAGCUUCCCGCCCGGCCCGCGCUCCGUGGGCUUUCCGGAAGGCGACAGCGUGCAGCAGCGGGUUAAGAAGUGGCUCCGCCCACACGAGAUCAACUGCAACAACUUCAAGGACCGCGGCGUCAAGUGGUCCGUCUUUCGUACCCCCCGGCCCUCUGACAUCCUGCAAGGACUGCUGGGAAACUGCUGGUUCCUGAGUGCCCUGGCCGUCCUGGCGGAGCGGCCCGAGCUGGUGGAGCGCGUGAUGAUCACGCGGGGCAUCUGCCCGGAGGGCGCCUACCAGGUGCGGCUCUGCAAGGAUGGCACCUGGAUCACCGUGCUGGUGGACGACAUGCUGCCCUGUGACGAGUAUGGCUACCUGCUCUUCUCCCAGGCCCAGCGGAAGCAGCUGUGGGUGGCCCUGAUCGAGAAGGCCCUGGCCAAGCUGCACGGCUCCUACUUCGCUCUUCAGGCGGGCCGCGCCAUCGAGGGCCUGGCCACACUCACCGGUGCCCCCUGCGAUUCACUCAUGCUGCAGGUCAGCUCCACCAACCCCCGCGAGGAGCCCAUCGACACCGACCUCAUCUGGGCCAAGAUGCUGAGCUCCAAAGAGGCGGGGUUCCUGAUGGGGGCUUCUUGCGGAGGGGGCAACAUGAAGGUGGACGACAUGGUGUACGAGUCCCUGGGUCUGCGUCCUCGCCACGCCUACUCCGUCCUGGACGUUCGGGAUGUGCAGGGAUACAAGCUGCUACGACUCCGCAACCCCUGGGGCCGCUUCUCCUGGAACGGGAACUGGUCGGACGAGUGGCCGGACUGGCCACAGCACCUGCGGCACGAGCUGAUGGCGCACGGGAGCAGCGAGGGCGUCUUCUGGAUGGAGUAUGGGGACUUCAUCAAGUACUUCGACUCGGUGGACAUCUGCAAGAUCCACUCGGACUGGCAGGAGGUGCGGCUGCAGGGCUGCUUCCCGAGCCGGGCCAGCGGACCCGUCACCGUGACGGCCUUGACGGUGCUGGAGCGGACGGCGCUGGAGUUCGCCCUCUUCCAGGAGGGCAGCAGGCGCUCGGACACGGUGGACAGCCACCUGCUGGACCUGUGCAUCAUGGUUUUCCGAGCCUCCUUCGGCAGCGGGAACAAGCUGACCCUGGGCCGCCUGCUGUCGCACAGCAAGCGUGCCGUCAAGAAGUUCGUGGGCUGCGACGUGAUGCUGGAGCCUGGAGAAUACGCCGUGGUCUGCUGUGCCUUCAACCACUGGCAGCUGAACGUGUCCGGAGGCGCUGUCACGCCCGUAUCUAGUCCCACCAGCAGUGGGCGCCCAAAUCAGGAUUUCCCAGGCCACGUCCUGGCAAUCUACAGUUCCCGGCAGGUGAUGGUGGAGCAGGUGGAGGCUACAGCGACCACCCUGGCAGAUGCCAUCAUCCUGCUGACGGAGAACAAGGGCGAGAGGCAUGAGGGCCGCGAGGGCAUGACAUGUUACUACCUGACUCACGGCUGGGCGGGGCUGAUAGUGGUGGUGGAGAACCGCCACCCGAAGUACUACCUCCACGUCUCCUGCGACUGCACCGACAGCUUCAAUGUGGUGUCCACGCGAGGCAGCCUGAAGACUAUUGAUAGCGUCCCGCCCCUGCACAGGCAGGUGCUGGUGGUCCUGUCCCAGCUGGAGGGCAAUGCCGGCUUCUCCAUCACGCACAGGCUGGCUCACCGCAAGGCCGCCCAGGCCUCCCUAGGGGACUGGACGCCCACCAAGGCCAUGCACAGCCCCCAGCUCACCCCCGACACCGAGGGGCUGCACAAGCCCCGCCCUCUAUGACCAUGGCCCACCCCCGGCGGAUGGCUGCACUUGUCGGCGCCCCCUAGUGCUCCUCACCUCAGAGACCAAUCGGAAAGAAGAACCAUGUUCUCCUCCCCAUCGUUAUACUAUGGCAGAGAGGACUUUAUGCCCCCCAUAUAUUUUAGCUGGCUGGGGGGGGGUCUUUGGCACAUACGAAGCCCGUGCCUCUAGCAAUGUGAGGGAUGCACGGCGGGGGUUCCCUGGAACUGAUGUCAUUUCCACGGCGGGUGAUCCCUGCCCUGCUGUUGGAAGGAUCCGCCAUGUUGGGAUCUAUGCUCGUCUCACUGGUCGUGCUGAAACUACUGAAUCUGUCCCAUCAGCCGCACUGGGCCAGUCCUCCUCUGCCGAGAGCGGCUUGAGGGGGUGCACCCCCAUGUUGGGGGGGCCGAUGUGGACUUGAUGUCGGCACAGCGCUUUCCUGGCACUUUUGGUGGUGGUGGUUGUGGUGGUAAUGGGGUUGGGGGGGGGGGGCAGGCCAGGGAGCAGCGAUUUAAUCUGGUGCUUCUGCCAGCUGCUCGCCCCUGCGUUCAGGGGGGCCUGACGUGCCCCCCCCAGGGGUUCCUCUGUAUCCCAUGGUACUUCGGGCCUCAAGAGCCAAACUCCAUGCUGGAUUCAUGAUUCGGACGUGUUCGGCUGGGUUUCUUAAAGUCGUCAUUGUCCUUUCUGUUUAAUCAUGCGGUUCUGUUCCCACAGGGAGUCUCUGCUCAGGUUCACAAACGGCUCCCGUUUCUCUGUCCCGUCAGUCCGUCACUGUUCGUGCUGCUAUGACCUCGCCGUACCGCACUGACGGUACUACUCCGCGCCGAUGUCACCGUUCUGUCUCACCGCCUCUGCACAGGUGCCACAAUUGUGACGUGAAGCUAGGGGCCCCCACCUCACUGUCUGCAGGCUGGCUGAAGUGCCCUGCUGUCUCUCUCUCUUUACCCCUGCUUGCUGGAUGUUAGGGGCUCCAAAAUAAUUGCACAUCAGUUUCCACUAGAUCAUUGCAAAUCAGGGCUUCAAAUGUAGCCGUUUAUAGAGAUUAGGAAAAGUUGGGGGGGGUGGGGGUGGGGUGUGUCACACUGGAGAAAUCUUGACCCAUCCCUACAGCUGGAAAAUCAUUGCCCAAGUUGGAUCUUCUCAACGUCCCUGGAUGUGAGAGCUUCAUUCCUCAGGACUCUCUUGAAGUCUGUGUGUUGGGCAGUGACAUAUGGACUCAUUACGCCUGUAUCCCCAUGUAAUUAAUUACUUGUAUUCAUCCCAUUACAUUUUACUUCCCCAUCUAAGCCAUGUGUCUGGUCUGUGCGUCACAGUAGAUGCCCAGUCAUCAAAAUGGAGGUACCUGAUGGGUUUUCUGUCCUGUGUGUGUUCAUGCCCGCUUGUACUUAUGGUUGCAAGCGGUUGUCACUGUGUGUGGGACAACAGCACCACAAUUUGAAACAUUGACAGCUUUGAAAAGACUUUGUGUGUUUCAGGUACGGUCACCAGGACAGUCGUACCACCCCCUAACUUUCCUAGUCACUGAAAGGAAUGCGUUUCGUACCUUUUAAUUUACCCAGCAUGCACCAGCACACGGAUUCUUUAAUCACAAGAUAAGUCACAGUCCACGGAUUUGUCCUCGUACCUCCAUUGUUUCCUGUUGCCUGAGGCCAUCACUUGGUGUGAUUUGUUGAAGGCAAAUAGCAGGAGAAAGCCGGUUAGCACAGAUAUGGCGACGCGCCAGUCUCUUACCAGACCGCCCCCCUGUUUAUUUUCAGCCCGGUGACCGCCGGCUGAUUUCACGCAGCUGCUCGUGGCAUCAGAGUCGGCAGAUUUAAGAGGUACACAGCAGUGAGCCCGUUUCCAGUGAACGUGUCCCGUCUGGGAUCCCUAUGAAGCUUUAUUUCCGCACGCAGGUACCACUUUUAAAAAUAUACGGCAUUGAGCUCCCGCAGGCCGUGCCUGAAAGCGGCCUGAACCGAGCCAGACAAACGGCAUGCUGGUAAAGGGCGCCUGCAGUCCCGGCCGUCAGCGUCUGAUUUUGCUCGAUGCCAAAACACGUUGGGUCAGAGCACAUAGCAGAGCUCAUUCCAAAAUGAUCUAAAUGCUGCCGGGCGCAGAGUGUAAGCAUCAGCAUUCACAGGAAGACUGCGGGGGGACCUUGUGCUCUGUGAUCAAUUAAUCAAUCCAGGGGGCACCGGGGAUAAUUCCGGCGAGAACUCGGAACCUUGGUGGGAAGCGGCAGGCUGUGGAUGCAUGGGUUCUGUCUGAAAAUCCCUUCCUAGUACGUCUCUCCGGCUGGCCUCAACCUUGACACAGAUUUUAUGUUCGUUAGCUAAUUAUACAUUAGCGGCUGCGCGUAAACUUGAAUGAAUCACCUUGCAGUUAGGCAGCGUGUUUGCGCUUGGUGGCGGUGAGGAGGUCGCCGUCCUGUCCUGCGGUUCCCCUCCUUUUGUUUUUGCGUUAUCGGUACUGUCCAGAUAAGACAGAAGCCUGCUGCCGGAUACCCUUGAUGUCUGUUAUCUCACAGGACCCUGAGUAUCUCUGAGCUUUUAGGGCUUAACCCAGACUCAUACAGGCACAUGUUCUUUGUUAUUGGAAUGGGCACUGAAGGGUAAUAGGUUCCUUUUUCAUUUAGCAUAUUAUUAAAGUGAUAAAUUCUUUCUGUGGGGUAAUUGUGGGGUUUCCCAUAUGCUGGGGAAUCCCUGUCUCUCGAUACGAGCUGCGCCGCAUGCAGUGACUCUGCGGAGCGCUUUUGCAUUGUCACGUCGUCUGUCGUCCUCUUGCCAUUUUGGCGCGUAUCUCUGUUCUUGGGGUCGCGAGCCUGAUCUCGGAGUAGUACUAGGACCCGUCCAGGAGGGGGCGCUCUGUUCAGUGGGAUGCUGACCGCGUCCUCUAUCCCCGGCCUCAGCUGCCAGCCUCCGACUCUCUUUUUAUACGAUGGGACAGACACCAACACUUUAGUCUUUGCCAAGCUGUGAAUAGAUUUAUCCUGCAUAGGAAAACAAACGUAUGUUGCAGCAGAUGGAAUAUGGAGACAACACUGUUGGGCAAGAAUGUGACAUGUUUUAUCAGUUUUAGAAAAAAUGUAAAUGCAUUACAUAUGUAUGUAUGAUUAGUUUGAAACUCAGGUUCUAAAGGACCAAAUAAACUUUUGUUUUUUAUUAAA